AUUCUAUUCUAGCCUUAAUAUAUUCUUAUACAGAACCCUAAAUGUUCAUUAUCUUUCUAAUACUUUUUAUUUAAUAGCUUGUUAACUUAUUAAGCUCUGAAGAUAUUCUACUAAGGAGCUUAGUAGCAGCAUGCUUGUCGCCAUCACCCUCAAACUUUUAUCAACUCUCUGUCAACAAACCAUAGGCCGCUUCCUUCCCAUCGAUGUGGACCGUUUCCCUAUUUUUCGUCGGCAAAUAGAUGACCCACAGGACAACCUACAGGACAGCCCACUGGACACCGUACAAUGCGGUGACCCAUACGCCGUAGACCCUUCUGAAUCGGCGACUGACCGGACUCUCUUCAGGGCCCGGGGGUGCACAGUCUAUGGAUACCCAUCUACUGGCGGGGUUCUUAUCAAACAGGCUGAUCUUCUCGAUAUACUUUUCCUGUCGCUACCGCGUUCUUAUGCAUCACAGCGCUCAUCCAGUGCCGACGAAGAAGACAGGUUCUGUAAUCUCUUGCGGCGGACUGGUGCAACGUUCUGGCCAAGUAAACAGGAUCGGCUUGAAGUACUGAUAGGCAUGAGGGAGAGUACAGAGGAAGAAGAGAAGGUAAUGGUAUACGGUUGGCCGACAGAUGGAGUGGGUGUGUGGGUGUUAAGAUUUAAAAACACCGACGAACUGCCAGAAGGGUUUGGGAGGAUAAGUUUCGCGAUGAAUAUGGAGGAGAAGAUACAGAUCAUGAGAGAGUAUGGGGCUACGUUUGUUGAGGAUGUUACGCAGGUGGAGGAACUUCAUGAUACGUUUUGA